UCUACAGCAGCAGCAGCUUGACAGCAAAGAAAGCUCCGGUUCAGAGAGCUCAGAACAGGUAAGCCUUCUGUUUCUCAGUUACUGAAUCUCAUCAGCUCUAACAUUCAGAUUUACCUGGAGGGGUUGGUACUGAAUUGGGAAACACUGAUGCACAAUUCCUCUCCUUUCACAGUACGCACAAGGAAAGAACAUUUUCUUUCCUUUGACUCCCAUUCUUCGCCAGCUCCUGAAACACUCCAAGCAUGCUCAGCCACCUGUUUUGCUGCGAGUCUGAGGUAAGCCACCUGUCUUGUAGCAGAAGACACAAUCCUGCAGCAAGCUCUACCACUACAUUUGCCUACUUCUCACUUGCAUUAUUCUAAUUAUGCAAUAAACAAUCUUUAGAGAAUUUUUUCCUUCCAGAAAUAACAUACGGCUCUUGGAAGCAGUGCAGCUUUUAUGCCUUGUUCAGCAUGGUACUUGCAGAAUUUUUAUUUUUCUGUUUUCACCUUUAGCACUCUAUGUUAACAUAAGCACCUCAUGUGGAAUGAAUACCCAUGGUAUUUUGACUAGUCACAGCACAGCCAGCUUUAUCCUCAGCAACCAGCACCUGCCUGGUCACCUGCUCAUAGGGCUCUGUUUUCCAAAGCCGAUGACGCUGUUGGGGAUGUGCUUCACACCAUGCAUCAAUUAACAGACUAAAGCCACUAAAGCCAUUGGUUCUUCUCUGCAAUUCUGUUCUCACUCUGCAGAUACCUAUCUGACCAACCAGGGCUGUGUCCUAUGAAAUACUGCUGCUUCCCGAUCAUCUUCUGCUUCCUUCAGCUCCCUCAUGCCUUUUGUCACCAGCACACUGAAACCACAGAUCAGCAAAGAGGUACCUGUGACUGAAGCCAGCACGGGUCACAGCGAAUAGCUCUCCCCACCCUUGUCUGCUUACUUUCUAAGCCUGAAUAAAUGAUAAAUAGCAAGCAAUCACAAUUUCUUCAUCAUUUCUUAACAACAAAUAUUCCCAUGUCACUUCAGUGACUCCACUGUCAGCAGAACAGGAAGGGCGCUACUGCAGCUGUGCCCUCAGACUCUGGGCUCUGCCAAACCUCCAUCCCAUGCUUUUGACUGCUGAGUUAGCACACAACCCCCUCCUGCAGCAACAACCACCAACUACGAGCUUAAGUUGCUUCGUUUGCUAAACAAAACAUGCGACCACCUCCGAGAGCUCAUCGCCCUCUCAUUGGGCGGAGCCCGGCCAAUCAGCGGCGCCACCAUCCCGUUGGCUGCGCCCCUCCUUUGGCCCCGCCCCUUGCUCACAGCGCGCUGCCGAUUGGCUGCUUUCCUCUCCCCCGUCGCCCGGCGGGGCCGCGUGCAUUGACUUGUCCCGGUCGUGCGGAGCGGUCGCAAGAUGAACCCCGUGCUGGAGGUGCUGGCGUUCCUGGGCACGCUGCUGUACGCCUACGCGGAGGCGCUGGUGAAGCUGCUGCUGCCUGCCAAGAGGAAGACCGUCCGCGGGGAGCUGGUGCUGGUGACGGGCGCUGCCCGCGGUCUGGGCAGGGCCACGGCCCGCGAGUUCGCCCGGCGCCAGAGCCGCCUGGUGCUGUGGGACGUCGAGGCGCAUGGCCUCAAGGAGACGGCAGCAGAAUGCGAAGAGCUGGGAGCCACCGUUCACAGCUUUGUGGUGGACUGCAGCAAAAGGGAGGAGAUCUACAGCGCUGCCGAGAAGGUGAAAAAGGACAUUGGUGAUGUCUCCAUCCUGGUGAAUAACGCUGGUGUGAUUGCAACUGCUGACCUGCUCUCCACCCAGGACCACCAAGUUGAGAAAACAUUUGAAGUAAACAUUCUUGCUCACAUCUGGACAACAAGAGCUUUUCUGCCGACAAUGAUGAACAACAACUACGGUCACAUUGUCACAGUGGCUUCUGCAGCAGGUCAUUUUGUAGUUCCUUUCAUGGUGGCUUAUUGUUCAAGCAAGUUUGCUGCAGUUGGAUUUCAUAAAGCCCUGACGGACGAGCUGUCUUCACUGGGAAAGGAUGGAAUAAAAACAACAUGCCUCUGUCCAGUUUUUAUAAAUACUGGAUUUGUCAAAAACCCCACUAUGAGGCUUGGAAAGAUCUUGGAGGUUGAUGAAGUUGUGAAGGCACUGAUGGAAGGAAUAGUGACCAACCAGAAAAUGGUUUUUGUUCCAUCAAAUCAACGUUUCGCUUUACUUCUUGAAAGGUUGCUUCCGGAACGUGCCCUGAAUUAUAUCAAAAAGCUGACUGAUGUUAAGUUUGAUGCAAUUAUUGGGCAUAGAAGCAAUCAGUGAAAAAGAAAUUUUCUUACUUCCCCUCGAAAUGAGUGAAAGCAGAACAUAUGCUGAGUGUAGCACAGCUAUUUGGAUUCAGAGCAGAAUUAAGACUGGUACUUCUUCCAGGCCACUGCUUCCCAUCACACCUUAAGGUCCAUCCCACACCUGCAGCAGGAACAGACAUGCAUAACAUGGUGUGUUAGCAGAGCAGAGAUGCAGCUCUACACAUCAGAAGGACUGUUCUGGAAUGUGCACAACUGCUUUUGUGAGUGCAGUGGAAUUGUUGGAGUAUAAAUUAAUGUGGCCUUAUCACUGAGUAAAAUUAUCUUGUGGGGUGGCCUACUUCACCUUAAUGAAUCAUUUUAAGUUCAAAAAGCCUAGUACUGCACAUAGUUUAAUACAUUUUUUGUGGUGAGUAUCUGAAAUAAUACAGCCUCUUAAUCAACUGCUACCUUAAAUAUGUUGAUUGUCCAUUAUGCAUGAGAUCCACCAGUACAACUUGUAUAGAAUAAAAGCAGUUCUCUAACCA